ACCAUCGAGGCGUGUGAGGAGCCUGAGCUGAGUGGCGUGCAGAGCUGUGGAGAUAAGCGUUUUUGUAGCAAGGUGUUCGUCGGUGCUUCAUUCCUCGACUGCAAGGACCGUCUGGAUGUGGAAUCUUUCAAUAAAAUCUGUAUGGCCGACUUCUGCAACUCUGCAGAUGACAGCUUCUCCCUCCUCUGCAAAACCGUCUCAGAGUACUCCAGAGAGUGUAUCCACGCUGGUGGCAAGCCCCAGCAAUGGAGGAAUGAACGUUUUUGCUACAAGGAAUGUCCAUAUAACAUGACAUUCUUGGAGUGUAGCAGUGCAUGUCCCGACACCUGCUCCACCCCUCAGGCCAGCCAGACAUGUGACAGCCACUGCCAUGAUGGCUGCAGCUGCCCUGCCGGAAAAGUGUUUGAUGACAUCAGUAACACUGGCUGUAUUGUACAGUCUCAGUGUGCAUGUCUGCACAACAACAAAGUGUACCAGUCAGGAGAGUCGUACAAUCACAGCUGCAGAUCCUGUGAGUGUCAGGGUGGUAAGUGGAAAUGCAGUGAAGAGAACUGCCCAGGAACCUGCUCUGUGGAGGGAGGAGCUCACAUCAACACCUUUGAUGGAAAAGUCUACACCUUCCAUGGGGACUGCUCCUACAUUCUGGCUAAGCACGCUGAUGGCUCCCUAUUCACUUUGCUGGUGGACCUGCUCAAGUGUGGUAAAUCUGAAAAACAUACCUGCCUCAAGGCUGUGACACUGUCCUUAUACAACAAUUCUGUGGUUGUUAAAAUUCAGGAGUCCGGGCAGGUCUUUGUAAACAACAUCCCUUCUCAGCUUCCACUUUUCACACCGGAUCUGGGUGUCUUCAAGCCAUCAUCCUUCUACAUGGUUAUAAGCACUAAAUUGGGCUUACAAAUAAUGGUCCAGCUGGUGCCUCUGAUGCAGGUCUUCAUUACAGCUAAUCCUUCGCUCAAAGGAACAACCUCUGGAUUGUGUGGGAACUUCAAUGACAAGGUGACUGAUGACUUCAAGGUGAUGAGCGGGCUGGUGGAGGGCACCGCUGCAGCCUUUGCCAACACGUGGAAAACCAGAGCCAGCUGCAAAGACAUGAAAACAACUUUUGGACACCCCUGUAGCAAUGGCAUCAACAAGGGUAUAGCUCUCUUUACAUGCUUUGUCAUGGCACAUCAUAUAUUGGUUAUCACAUCAUAUUUUAUUAAGCCAUGCCAUGCCAUACAAUGCUAUAUUUUAGAGUUACUCAUGUCAAACUGCAUGUAUGACAGCUGUAACUGUGACCAAAGUGAGGUCUGCAUGUGUGCUGCAAUCUCCUCAUACGUCUAUGCCUGUUCAGCGGCAGGAAUCCACCUGACUGGCUGGAGGUCGACCAUCUGUGAGGAAGUGUGUGACCAGGUCUGUCCCUGUUAUGAUAAAGAUUCCAUUAUUCCUGCUAAACAGACUAUCACCAUAGAGGAACACACAUGCUCCUGCAGACAAGGAAUUCUCAGCUGCCCAGGAGGAGCACCUCUAUCCAUAUGUACUUCCCCCAUGGUAUAUUUCAACUGCUCCGAGGCUCAACCCGGGACUCCUGGUAUUGAGUGUCAAAAGAGCUGCAGCACUCUGGACAUGGCUUGUAUCAGUACAGGCUGUCUGUCAGGCUGCAUGUGCCCUGAUGGCCAGGUGUCAGAUGGAUUAGGUGGCUGUAUCAAGGAAUCCAAAUGUCCAUGUGUGCACAACGGAAAGAUCUACCAGCCUCAAGACACACUGACGGUCGACUGCAACACCUGCUAUUGCACUGAAAGGAAGUUCAAAUGUACCGAAAAAUUGUGUGAUUCUGUAUGUGGGAUCUAUGGAGAUGGCCACUACGUCACAUUUGAUGAUAAGAGGUUUGACUUCAGUGGACAGUGUGGAUACACACUCCUCCAGGACUUCUGUGGUACUGGUCAGAGCAACGGAAGCUUCAGAAUCAUCACUGAGAAUGUUCCAUGUGGAACCACAGGAACUACCUGUUCCAAGACCAUCAAGAUCUUCCUGGGGGAUAAUGAAUUCCAACUUAAAGAUGAGAACUUCCAGGUGAUAAAGGGCAGCAGCAAAGUGUUCCCUGCUCAGAUACACAAGAUGGGUAUUUACCUAGUGGUAACGAUCAAGGCAGGACUCGUGCUCAUGUGGGACCAGAAGACCAGUCUUUUCAUUAAACUCAGCCCAGAUUUCAAGGGUCAAGUCUGCGGUUUGUGUGGAAACUAUGAUGGCAACAGCAGGAAUGACUUCACCACAAGCUCUCAGGGGACCGUGGCCGAUGUUCUCGAAUUUGGUAACAGUUGGAGGGUUUCCUCCAGCUGCCCCAGCGCCCAACUAAUCAGUGAUCCCUGUUCCUCAAACGGCUACCGGGCAACCUGGUCCCAGAAAAAAUGUAGCAUCAUCACCAGUGUCACCUUCCAGAACUGUCAUUCACAGGUUGACCCUGGACCAUACUUUGAUUCUUGUGUGAGAGACUCUUGUGCUUGUGACACCGGUGGGGACUGUGAAUGUCUCUGCACUGCUGUGGCUGCCUAUGCCAAAGCUUGUAAUGAAGCUGGAGCGUGUGUUAAAUGGAGAACUCCAAAAGUGUGCCCUAUUUUCUGUGACUACUAUAAUGCUCCUGAUGGUUGUGAGUGGCACUACAGGCCUUGUGGAGCUGCCAUGAAGACAUGCCGAAAUCCAUCAGGAAACUGUUCGAACCUCAUCACUGCCCUGGAAGGCUGCUAUCCACAUUGUCCUCCAAACCAGCCAUACUUUGAUGAAGACACCAUGAAGUGUGUUAAAUGGAACCAGUGUGGUUGCUAUGAUGAUAGAGGUACCCAUUACAGCGUUGGAGAUGAGGCUCCAUCAAACAACUGUUACACUUGCUCCUGUAAGGUUUCCGGAAUGUCAUGCAGCUACAACAUGAGCUCCUGUACAUGCUUCGUAAACGGAAAAUACUACGGAUAUGGGGAAACCAUCUACAGCACGACGGAUGGGCUAGGAAACUGCAUUACAGCUAUGUGUGGGGCCAACGGGACUGUAAAUAGGAAAGUCAACCCUUGCUUAACGACCACCACACCUGGCCCUACAUCAACGCCCUUUACGUUCAGCACAGGUGGAACAACGACAGUUGGACCAACAAUAUCAACAACAGAA